AUGCCUACAGCACGCUGGCGUGCCUGCCGAUCAAAGAAGCAGGGAGAGAUGAUCCUCGGGGCAGUGUCGUACUUGGACUGCCUCGUGUUCUGUAUCUUCUUGGCGCCGCAGCUGCUAUGGCAAGUCGGUUUUUUCGAGACGCUGUCGUGUGUCUUGCAGACGCUGCCAUUUCUGAUGAUAAAACUGCCUCUGGCCCUUAUUCGUGAGAGGUAUAUAAUCGGCCGAGAGAAGCGAUCUGCCUUUGUGCAGAGGGCAUCGCCGUUUGAGGACCUGGUCGUCCGUUGUGUGCGGUAUGCCUUUGCGAACAUUCCACCUAGAAUCGGACGGGUAUUCUUCGUCAAGGAGGUCGCGCUGCCAUUUCUCUGGUUUCGGUGGCUUCGUCAUGGGUAUCUUGGGUCUCCGAUAUUCUGGAGGGAGCAUCGCGAGUCGUCAUUUCGAGGCAUAUGGAUCAUCAAAGAUCCCACGAAUAAGCCGGAUGUGGUUCUAUAUUACGCUCAUGGAGGAGGGUUCUCCAUGGGCUCGGCGUACUUUUAUCUGGAGUAUCUCCUGACGUGGCUGUCAGUGCUGAGCUCGUCUGGAUACCGCAAUCCAGCCAUAUUUGCGCUAGAGUACACGCUGGUCCCGGAUGCCUCGUUUCCCGUACAGGUCGAUGAAGCAAUGAAAGCCUAUGAGCACGUGUUGACCGUGGCAGUGGAUCCCUCUACCGUCUGUGUUAGCGGAGAUUCCGCAGGCGCGACGCUCAUCUUGUGCUUGCUGCUUCGUCUCGGCGCCGACAACGUGAAUGGCCGUAGCGCAAUAGCCGACAGGCGUCAGCACCAACCCGCGAGGCCUGGGCUUGCUGUUCUCAUCUCGCCUUGGGUGACUCUCCUCUCGGAACGACACAGGAACACCGUAAGCGACUACCUCGACGUUCAACAACUCCAUCAAUAUGGAGAACUGUUCGCAGGGCGCAGAAUAUCCUCUAGCGAUCCAUCGGUAUCACCGGGUUGCUGUGAGGACACGGCCUGGUGGAAGCGGUCGUCUCCCUCUAGGGGGAUUUUCAUCCACUAUGGCACAGACGAGGUGCUGAAGUCGGAUAUUGAGAAGUUCGUUGGCGGCCUCCAGAAAGCCGGCAUCCUUAUUGAAGCCAAGGCUGAGCCCGGCGGCAUCCACGCAUGGCCAGUUGCCUCUCUGUUUCUUUGUAGCAGUCGUCAUGACCGGCUCGAAGGACUGGUGACUAUGACGAGAGAAAUUAGCCAACGCAUGCCAUCGGCGUAGACCAAAUGCUAGGGAACGUCUGAGGGAGUCAAUGCGUGUUCAGAUUAGAUCAAGUAAUUAUGCCAUCAUAGACAUGAGAGCGAAGAUGACCCCAGAGGCGGCGCUCGGUUUCUUCACGCUCCUGUGUUCUGCGUCUCUGGUUUUUGGUUGUGUUGCUCUUCAAAGUCAUCAUGACACGGAUACAGAUUUAGUUGAGCUUGGGGGGAAAUCGUUACCUUAGCUGCAUAACGAAGGGUUCGGGUCAGUGAACAUGGCAAAGUCUAUGUCGUUGCGAUUUCUCACUGGGAGUGGGUUCAUAACUU